AUGCGUGUACUGACACCUUGGCUACUCGGCCUCACUGCAGUGAUGGCUCUCGUCAAUGCUGCUGCCGUUACUGCUCCUGAUCUUGAAACCUCUUCUGCAAUGGCCGUCGCUGACCAUCUCGCACAUGGCAGAAUCGCUGCUCGAGGCCUUGAAUUGCCCCUUGAUAUCGACCUUGAUCCACUUGACGAUCCCGACUCAAAGAAGCCUGAAAAGACCACUUCGCGAUCAAGAACCAGGACUCGCCGCCCUACAACUACCACCGCCAUCGUUACCACAACUUCUUCUAGACGCAGGCCAAGGAAGACUCAGUCUCCUCGGACCAGAACCAGAACCAGAGCCAGAACGACUACCAUAAAAGAUCAUGAUGAUGAUAAGCCUACUCCAACAUCCACUCUUUCCCACACGGCCUCUAUAACUGCUAUCCCAGCUCGAAAGAGCCCAAGCCCUGACCCAGGAAUCACAUUGCCUGUUGGAAUCAUCGAUGUUACUCUCCCAUUGGCUCCCUCUCCCUCAACCUCUUCAUCAUUACCUUCAUCUUCACCUUCACCAGAAGAAUCGUCUGAAUCCCCCUCUCCCUCUCCCUCUCCCUCUCCCUCUCCUGCGUCACCAUCGCCAGAGUCUCCUGCGUCACCAUCACCAGAGUCGCCUUCUCCUGAAGUUCCAAGCCCGAGUGAUGAGGUUAUGCCAUCACCUACGGAUACGAGCCCGAUAGAGAGCCCUACGACACCAUUAGAUGAUCUUUUGCCUUCCCUCUCACUCACCCUCAUCGUCAGUCCCACCGAUACCGAGGCUGUUCCCACCCCAACGUCAUCUCCAUCCGAAUCUAGUUCUGCCACCAACUCAGAGACCUCUCCUUCGUCUCCUACUGUGACCCCGACUAGGACCAACGCCAGAUCUGUGACAACUAUCACUUCAAUCCCAAUUCCAACAACCACAACUACCACUACCACUACCACUACCACUACUACUACCACAACAACAACGACAACCACGGAUAGCACCACUACGACAAUACGCCGAAGACCUACCAAGACAACAACCCCUUGGUUACCUACCACCAUUGAGCCUGUAGCUCCACCAAAGGAAACAGAGAUCCCUUCACCUGGCACAUCCCUUCCUGAUGUGGUGAUCCCCAACUUGGAUCCUGAAAUCCCCAAGGACUCUUUCAAUGUCCAGCUGCGAUUCAAACAUGUGUCCUAUUACCAAGUGAUCAACAAUGGUGUCCUCGCAGCUCAAUUGGUUUCAUUCAUUCCUGCACAACUGAGCCGAUUGCUUCAUGUGGAGAGUGACCGGAUCCUAGUGCUUGCCAUCCGAGAUGGGUCACAAACAAAUAGCAACAACAACAACAACAACAACAACAGCGGCAAUCGAAGGAAACGCGAUAUCGUGACCUCUGAUAAUGUGGAUGACUCUAUCUUGGCAACAAUUGCAAUCCCAAGAUCAAGCUAUUGGGCCUUGAGUACCAUGGUAAAGGAUGAAGGAAGUGAGUUGUAUAAGCCAAGUGAGGAUAGUUUUGGACAGUAUGUGGAUCCAUCGUUCCCUCUGAGCAAGAACCCACCAUCGGAUAACAGCAGUAAUAAUAAUAGUAAUAAUAAUUCAAGGAACGGUGGUGGAGGUGGCGGAACCGGUAAUGGUGGCAAUGGAGGUGGCAAUGGAAACGGUAGCCAUGGUAACCCAUUGGCAGGAGGUGAAUAUGGAUCAGGGGAUCCUAAUGCAGUCACGCCUGGAAACGAUACAAAGUCAGGAGUAUCGAAUGGAGCGAUCAUUGGAGCAUUUGUUGGAUUGGCAACAGCUGCCUAUGUUGGUAUUGCGAUGCUGGUGGUGAGAAAAUAUCGCAACAAGAGUCUGAAGAAGCAAAGAGAAGAAGACUUGAAGCGGAAUAUCUCGGCUCCUAUUGUCCAAGGCAAUCCAGCUCAAGGAUGGGGAUGGCAUAGCUGA